AUGGCUGGGUUCUAUGGACUCUACACUUGGCUGACUCACACUAUAUUUGGGAUUAACAUAGUCUUCAUACCAUCUGCAUUAGCAGCAAUCCUGGGAGCAGUGCCGUUUUUGGGGACGUACUGGGCAGCCGUCCCUGCAGUCCUAGAUUUAUGGCUCGUGCAAGGACAGGGAUGCAAAGCCAUUUUGCUCUUGGUUUUUCACCUCUUGCCAACCUAUUUUGUAGAUACAGCAAUUUAUUCAGAUAUAUCAGGAGGUGGCCAUCCUUACCUGACAGGUCUUGCGGUAGCUGGUGGAGCAUAUUACCUGGGACUGGAAGGAGCCAUCAUAGGACCAAUUCUACUUUGUAUACUUGUGGUUGCUUCCAACAUAUAUAGUGCCAUGUUGGUGAGUCCAACAAAUUCAGUGCCCACUCCAUCACAAGCAGCGUGGCCAUUACAGAUUUACCGGUCAUCUAGAGAGAGUCCUGAGGAGAUGAAAAUGGCUGCAGAGUGAUAAAGGUGCUGUGCUGCACCUACUCAACGUGAGAGAAUCGCUGUCUUCUGUCCUGAGCUCACAACAGCGAUGGCCUUCUGUCCCUGUCCAGCUGUGCCUAGGGGCAGCUCACAGGGAAGCAUAGCUUGGGUUUUAGGAGAAACCACUUCUUGAACAUCUGCUGGCCUUACGUCAUUGUGCUCUUUGCCUCUUCAAGAAGAAUGUCUACUUCCCACGGCUUCGCAUACUAACACACAGUUC